AUGGGCAAAAUACCUCAGUUCAGCAAUGUCUACCUCGUCAGUGGGCUGGCGACCAUUGGCGGUCUCAUCCAGGGCUUCGAUGUUUCGAGCAUGUCUGGAAUCAUUGGCACCGAUCAAUAUAAGACCUACUUCAACAAGCCGGAUUCAGUUGCACAAGGUGGUAUCACAGCCAGUAUGGCCGGUGGUUCGCUGCUUGGUGCGCUCUUUUCGUCUUGGACAAGUGAUCGAUAUGGUCGACGCGACUCGAUGGUGAUUGCGUGUAUUUUGUGGUUGAUCGGCUCGAUUUUGAUGUGUGCGGUGCAAAACACUGCCAUGCUGAUUGCCUCGCGCAUUAUCAAUGGAUUCUCCGUUGGAAUACUUACCAGCCAAGGUCCCAUUUUGAUUGCUGAGAUCAGUCUUCCGCACCAGCGCGGUAGACUUCUUAGCUUGCAGCAGUGGAUGAUUACUUGGGGUAUCCUCAUUAUGUACUUCAUAUCAUACGGAUCGACGUUCUUGAAAACUACCGCGGUGUUCCGUCUUCCCUGGGGUCUCCAGAUGAUACCAGCUAUUAUCCUUCUGUCCGUUCUGCCCAUGAUGCCAAGGUCCCCUCGCUGGCUGGCCACACAGGACCGAUGGGAGGAGGCUACAGAGAUCAUUGCCCGACUACACGCCAAGGGCGAUACCCUUGAUCCCCUCGUGGUAGCGCAAGUCACUGAAAUUAGAGAGAAGCUUGAACUUGAGCGCCAAUAUCAGAGCACCUCCUGGUCGGAGGUGUUCAACUCCCGAAAUAUUGUUCGCGUACACUGUGGCAUUUUCACCCAUGUUUGGUCUCAAUUCAGCGGUACAAAUGCUAUGAUGUAUUACAUUGUCUACAUUUUCCAAAUGGCUGGACUGUCAGGCAACAACGCACUUCUGUCCGCGACGAUCCAAUACAUUAUCAAUGUUGUCAUGACACUUCCCGCACUACUCUUCAUUGAUCGUCUUCCACGCCGCCGUUUGUUCAUUGCAGGUGCUAUCGGCAUGUCAAUCCUUCAGUUCACUCAGGGAGGGCUUAUGAAAACAUACGGCGAGGCUGUUCCAGGUGGCCUUAAGGGUUCUCCUACAGUUACGUGGAUGGUCAACAAUGGCCGGGCGUCAAAGGCAAUUAUUGCCUGUUCUUACCUGUUCAUUGCGGUCUAUGCGCCUACUUGGGGACCUUUAGGAUGGGCCUAUCCCCCCGAGAUCAUUCCCCUCUACAUCCGCAGCAAAUCAGUUUCUCUGGCGACAUGCUUCAACUGGGUCUGCAACUUUGCUUUGACAUUCUUCUCCCCACCUGGAUUCCAGCAUAUUCAAUGGAAGAUGUACUGCGUGUUCGGAAGUACUUGUAUGGCUGCCGCAGUCCACGUCUUCCUUUUCUUCCCAGAGACCUGUGGCAAGUCACUCGAGGAGAUCGACGAUGUGUUCAAUAACCAAAGCAUCUGGGCGUUCAAAGCCAAAUCCGAACCCAGUCGGUUUAUUACCGAUAUUGAGCAGGCGAAGGAGCAGUUGAAUGCGGGAAAAGUGGGAGUGACCACCGUCAAAGAGUCGAAGGAGUAG